CUAGUGCUGCUUACUACUCCUUUCGUUGGCACUUGUCGCCGCUCCGCAACCGACAUUCCAACCUUCGUUUUCUUGAGUUGACUUCAGCGGAACGGCGGCCAACUGGAGCGCAUAAGCAUCGUGGAGCAGCAGCGGCCCUCUGGCGAUAAACGGGCCUGGAACCACUUGAACAGUUGACAAGCACUUCAAACGAGGAGAGGACCGACAUCAGCGUGCACUUAAACUAGCUCGCGGCGGCCAUGGGGCGCCGCAGUCUACUCUUGCCCUACGUGGCAGGACUCUUGAUAGCCGGGCUAGCUUGCGGCUUCGCGCAGCUGGACACUUCUGAUGAUUUCGGGAUGAGCAACUAUGGUCUUCGAAGGCUCUCAGCGUUUUACUCGCGCAACUUUGCCGCGCACUUCCCAGCAACCUGCUACCAGAGCAGCUAUUUCUCGCCUUUCCGCCUGUACUUCAAGGGGUACAACUUUGAGACGGAGCGGACGACGUUCAUUUACCAGCUGGACGUGUCCACUUGCCCCUUCCCCAAGGCGGACUGCUGCCGCCUGCCACUUGACCAUAUGGUGGUGCGGACGAAAUCGGACGCCCAGGUUGUGACCGUGCGCCUGGAUGGCAAGGAGCUAAGGAGUGACGUCGGCGAGAUGGGUCUCACCAUUUAUGACAUGGCCGUGGACCCCACCAACAUCAAGUCCAUGCAGCUGGAGAUCGUGACGCCCGCCCAGGGCUACAACUACCCCAGCGACCUGUGCCCGUUCAGCCGCUACCCCGGCUCGUGCGAUGUCAUUUCGUACGACGAGAGCGAGACGUGCUGCGCCGAGCGCGCCGCCCUGCCCUACGAGAUGUUCUUCCCCAACAACCUGCCGCCCGGCUCCGUGGGCCCGGACGUGAAGGCGCCACCGCCCUCGCCCCGCCCGCCGUCUCCUCCCUCGCCUCCCCCGCCCUCGCCUCCCCCGCCGCCCUCGCCUCCCCCUCCCCCUCCCGACGGCUGGUCGUUCUGCUGCAUUGACGACCUGCCCAAGUCGCCCUACAACCUCAACUUCAUGGGCAGCCGCACCUCGGGCUCCGACACCGCCUACUCGUUCCAGCUGGUGGUGCGCAAGCUCAACUACAGUUACCCCGACUUUGACGGCCCCGAGAAGGGCGACUGCGCGCAGAUGAACUUGCGCGACCUGGGCGUGGCCGUGUACGACAACCUGCUCAUCAAGAGCGUGCAGUUCAACGGCAGCGUGGUGCCCAACUACUGGACGGAGCCGCAGGGCGUGCGCCCCGACGCCCACUGGCUGUACAUCCCCGUGAUGAAGGACUUUGCCGACUUCAGCGAGGAAAACCCCAUUGACUUUGUGGUGACCGUGCGCGGCCUGGUGCCGUCGCUGUGCCCCGCCAACGAGUUCCUGCACUCGCCCAACGCCUGCGAGUUUGCCAUGCACGGCAAGGUUGACGACACGCACUGCUGCCCGCACGGCGCCACCAAGAAGGGCGGCGCUUACGACGACUGCUGCGUGGACGACAUUGAGAAGGCGCCAUACCGCAUAGAGUACUACAAGACCACGCCCACCGAGGCCAGCACCACGUACGACUUUGCCGUCAAGGUGGUCAACGUGACCGGCAUCGACUACGACCUGGAGGAGGAGGCGCUGUGCGACCGCAUGACGCUGGACUACGCGCAGAUCCAGAUCUACAAGCAGGUGCAGGUGGUCCAGGUGCAGUGGGAUGACCGCAUCAUGGCCUUCAACACCACCCCCGCCACCGACUACUCCGUGUGGCUCAACAUCAACGGCAUCAACCGCUUCGUCAACGACUUUGACCCCAACCGCCCCGUCAAGUUCAAGAUCACGGUCAAGGGCUACGUCAACGAGCUGUGCCCCGCCGGCUGGAUGCUGGACGCCGGCGGCAAGUUCAUCUGCGAGUACGCGCUGCACGGCACACAGGGCAACCACACCUGCUGCCCGCACGACAUCACCCGCCCCGGCCAGGAGCAGCCCGACUGCGGCUGCCGCGACGACCUGGCCGGCACGCCAUACCGCCUGGGCUACCAGCUGUCUGGUGUGGCGCCCAACCAGACCAUGUUCAACUUUGACCUGGCCAAGGUUGACCCCGCCGCCAGCCUGGACUUUGACGGCGCGCCCGACAAGAACUUUGGCGCUGACGUGGACUGCGGCGCCAUGAGCAUCAAGUCGAUCAGCUUCGCCAUCUUCAACAACGUCAACGUCAAGGACGUGAUCUUCAACGGCUUCAACUACACGUGGCAGUAUGAGCCGUACACCAACACCACCAAGUGGCUGCGCAUCCUGGACCUGGACUACAACCCCGCGGACUUCCCCGCCUCCGCGCCCAUCCCGCUCCAGGUGCUCACCACCGGCCCCGCCGUGACGGAGCUGUGCCCCGCCUCCUCCAAGUACAGCAGCCAGGCGGCGUGCGAAUACUUCAUCUUUGGCCUCUCCAAUUACGCGGAGUGCUGCCCGCUUGGCGUGACCAGCUGGUACACGCCAAACCUGCUCAUGACGUCACGGUGAUGAUAGCGCAGUUCCCCGGCUCCGGGGACCUAUCGUGUCGUCGCGUCCGUUGGCGUGAUGCGUGUGGUUUGUGUCUGUGUGCGUGCGUGCCCUGUGUGAGUGGGUGGUGUCUGGGGGGCUAGCUUACUGCAUUAGCAGGGUACUGAGAUGAAAUGUAGGCUGUAGACUCAACAGAGAGCCAAGGAUGCGAAUCGCAUUGUCGUCGUGUGCGCUCGUGUGAUAUCGGUGUGCGUCGAUAGAUCAGACGCUGUGUUUGGUGCGUGCGCAUGGCAGACUUGGUGGAUCAGACUCUGUAGGGUGGUUCAGACUCAAUCGGCUGCGAGGCACGCGUGUCUGCCACCGUUGGGAACGUGGGUAGGUUGGUGCGUGGUGUUGGUUAAGCAAGGUCCUGGUGCAUAGGAGGGGAGGCACACAACUAUGGACAGGGGUUGCACGGGGUAGGUAGAGAACAGGCCAACAGACAUGACGUGAUACGAUGCGUGCGAAGUGCGAAAGGACUGGGUGAAGAAGUAGCGGGGCGCGUAUUGAUUGGCCGCUCCCGCCCGAUAUCAUCGUGUUUAGAUGUGAUUCAUGGCCAAUACUAGACGGGGGAAAGGGGGCCGGCGCAUGGCUGUCCAUUGAUUGCACACUGGAGUUUCGGUACUGCGCACAGGAGCAGGUGGCGAUGGGAAGUGACGGCAUACGCUGGCCGCUCGGAGUAGAGCUUGCGUGUUUAUGUCUGUCGCCGCUGGUAGGCGUUUACGCGCUGGCUGCUGGGUUAGCUUAGCUGGCACCGCGCAGGUACCGAACUCAGGAGCGCGGCCCGUUUAUCCCACCUACAAUAUAGCACGAGGCGUCAGGCCCUUGGACCUUGACCUUAACUCGGUAAUGACAUUAGAAGGCGCUCCCGCUUACCGGUAUCCAGGGACGGCGGCGGAGAGGAGGUUGCGCUAGGCGGCUGAGGACGGGAUGACUCGACCCAAUGACACAGGCGGUGAUGCCGGCUGGGAAUACCCCAUGUAAUGGGAACACGCG